AUUUGCAAAUGAAUCAAUAUGUACAAACAUAUAAAAAUUCGAGAUUUCUGUUGUCGCUCUUAUAUAUUUUUUCCCCGUCUGCUCGAUAUGUGUGUGAAUGAUUAUUUGUUAUAAAUUCGGUUAUUUAUUAAGUGCUUUCUUAUUAUCAAAUUCUGUUUUAGACUAGUGUUAAUAACAAAUAGUUUAGCAAAACAAAAUGCAAAGUUGGUAAGAAAAACAAAAUCAUCUAAAAUAGAAAAAUCUAUUAAAACAAAUACUGCAAACUUUUGGGGAAUAAAUAUUUUGUCAGAAAUUCGCGCAAAUUUGUUCUAAACUUCUUGUAAAGUGUUAAGACGAUUUAUAUUAGAAUUUUCUUGGCUGUCAACUAAAUUGUGGAUCUGGGCUCUAAGAACACGCGAAACAGUUGAUCUUUUUCACACAAUGACAUCUUAGGGAGCAAAAACAACAACAACUACAUACACCUUCGCGACAGCAACAACAAUAACAUUUUUUUUUUAUCACAAAAAUAUAUUAACAACAAAAGCAACUCUGCACUCUUGCUCUCUCUUUUUCUGUAGUACUCUACUCUGUUUUACUCUUAUGACACACACAAGACGUCAACGUAUUUCUGUUUUUAUUAUAAAACACAUAUAAGAACAGCAACAACAACAAUAAGAAGAAAAACCAUAAAGGAUUAUUAAUGUCAAUGGCACCUAAAAAAAAAAAAACUAACAAGAAAUCGGUGUAACCAGACAAAAGUUAAAAAAAUCGUCGCGAACAUUUUUUAUAAUUAUUGUAACAAAUAAACCGCAGGACAAAUCAUUAAUCACAACCGAGAGAGGCGUCGUUUAUAGUGCUCUCCGCUAAUAACUGAAAAAAGAGUUCCUUGAAUGUUUAUUUUAUUAAAAGAAAUUUGCUGAAGAUUUUGAAUGUCGUUGUCAAUGCUUAAAUCACUUCAUAGUUGGAAGUCUUCACUGGCACAAUGCAAAGUUUGGAUUCAUCAUGUCAAGAAGCUGAUUUCAUAAUAAAUGAUACACUGAAAAAGCUUAAAGGCUCCAAUAGUGGCAAUAGUAAUUCGAAUUCAGCACCAUUGGCCACGUCUAGCAAUUUAACGCAUCCUGGCAGCGCUUCAAUACUCAGGCAAACGCAGCAACAAAACACACAAUUAUCCUACCAUCAUGCCGCCACCUCUCACAACAAAUACCAGCAACAGUAUCAUCAUCUACAUAGUGCUCUUCAGGGUACAAAUAGCAGCAGCAGUGCAACGAAUGUUGCCGGCAGCGGUAUUGCACUUAAUAACAGCAAUAACCUGCCGCAACUUUCACCACAGUCUCCUCUUCAAAGUCUGCCACCGCCUAGUCUGGUUUCAGCGGGUUAUAGCCACAGUUACAGCAAUAAAAGUUCCCUCAUAGAUUCCAGUUUGUUGCACUGCAACAUUUCACAAAUACCGAGUCAGCCGCCUUUAUGUAUAUUCGAAGGUGACGCCGAUGAUGAGACACCGACUGAUCAACCUCCCAUAGAAUUGCUGGCAUCUUGUAAUAGUAGUAGCGGGGGAGGAUCUUUACAUUUAGACUCUUUAUCUUUGCUGACACAAUCCACAAAUAACAGUGGCAACAACAACAGUAGCUCUGUCAUAGUGCCGCUGGCAGUUCCUUCACCGGUAUCAUCUUGCUCUGCUUCCUCGGUUAGUUUAUCGAAUUUCAAUUCGAUUACCUCUCCGUCACCGAUUGUACCCGACUUGUUACUAUCCACUCCGCCAGGUGUAAAUUCCAGUUCAUCAAGCUCUCAUACCAGCAGUCAUAGCAAUAAUAAUAAUAACAACAACAACAAUAAAAAGGCUGAAAAACGUCCUUCCGCAACCACAUCUAACAGUGGUAACAACAAUAGCAUCUCCCAUCAUCAUCAAAAUCAUUUGCCACAUGCUACACAUCUGUUAUCGUCGACCAAUACGACAUCUUCUUUAACGUCGCCUACCUCAUCGCCCAGCAAGCGACAAAAAACAAAAGACUCGUCAUUAACAUCUCUGUCCUCUAGUACAACAACAGCAACAAAUAAACUUUCAAUACAUUCUCCUUCCCUGGCAAGUCGAAUUGGUUUAGCACAAACCUCAUCAAUUUCCAGCUCUUCCGCAGCCUCCUCAUCGUCUAAACGUGGUGGUGACUUGUCGUCAGCAAACAGUGUCAGUUCUUCUACAAUCUCAGGUUCCACGGUACCGUCAUCUCAUCGAUUUUUCAACAUCCAUGAACGUAUUAAAGAACAUUACCUGCAACUUUUGGCUAAUGACCUGAACUUAUUUGCUGAAAUUGGGCUUAAGCAACGUACUCGUUCCUUUAUACUUGAGCGUGUGGUGGAAUGUGAGAAACUCAAUACGAUUGUUGUAAAUUUAUAUCCCGGCAACAAAGGUUAUGCUCUCGCUCUACAUUAUGACGAUCGCCAACAAUUAACUGCCGAAUCUGAUGGAUCUCUACAUAUUCUAGGCGCUCACUACGAAUCUAUCAACUCUUCUUCAUUAUCCUCCACGAGCUCCGUAUCUACAUUAGCGUUACAUAAGAGUAUUUCUAGUCGAAAUUCAGCCAGUAGCAAUCCCACACUGGGUAGUAAUACAAAACUUUUUCAUUCUGUCGUGCCACCCGACUUGAAAACCACAGAAUUUGAUGUGAAACACAAAAGAAUUCAUGAUGCGUCUUUCAUAGACAAUUCAUUCGACAGUGCAGUCAGCGAAUACCCUUUGGUCGAAGUCUUACGAUGGCCUUACGAAAAUGAUCAACUUUUGCAGUGCAUUGAUCGCGAAGUUUUGCCUGAUUUCCUAAUGGAUAUGCUGGUGGCCUCUACCGUAACUUUACAAGCCCCCCAAGAUGACAGUACGGCGACAGCGCGUCUCUAUGUUAAGCCGAAUGUCUUUUAUGGUGGUUGUGUAGUGGCUCAAGUGCGGGAUUUCCGACAAACAUUUGCCACCUCAACAAAUAUCUGUGAUACGAGGCAUGUAUUAUUAAGACCCACCAAUGCAACCUUGUUUGCCGAUGUCCAACAUAUUGCCACUAUCUUGAGUCAAAACUCUUCUUCGUCAUCAUCGGCUGUGUGUUGCGCUCCCGAAGACAAACCAAUUCUGGAAAGCCAAUUGGUUUUGGCUACCGCCGAACCUCUAUGUUUGGAUCCUGACCCCAGUAUAGGUCGCCAUGCCAUUAACAGCCAACACGAACGCCAAAUCUUUUACACUCAUGAACUCAGACGCCAGAUGAAAAAGUACACUCAAAUUGCCAUUAAUCGUAAAAGAAAAUUGGAUCAGUUCACUCAUCAUUAUGGUUUGGAGUUGUGCGAUUAUUUAACACGUUUACGAGCACGACCGCGGAAUGUUGGCGCUAGUUCAAGUACUUCGAGUAGCGGAAAUUCAUUGGUUAAUGCGAGUAUGCUAAGUUCAUUUGCGUCGAAGGUGCCUAAGAGACCAAGAGAUGUAAUACGACCCAUAAGACCACCACGUCUAGACUAUCCUGCCAACUUGAAAGUGCCCGAUCAAUUGAUCAACGUGGAGAAAUUCGCAAAAAUUAAUGAACGACCGCGCGAAACCACCGAUUGUCAUCCAAUUUUAAUAGAAGAGUACAUUUUGGAGACGGAGCGAGAAGACAACGAAGGGCGUCGCGUGAUUUAUCACAUCAAACUAUCGAUAUUUCAGCGGCCCUCUAAUUCUGAGUACCUGGGCGAAUUGUAUGUGGAUCGUGAUUAUCGAGAAGGUGAGCGCAACGGCGAGUCCUGCCGUUUUCCCUUAGGCACGAGGGUGCACGCCAAUCGUUACAUACAACAGUUCACUGAAAUAUUCACUGAAGAAGGGCGCAAGGCAGUAAAAAUUACUCAUCUAGUGCCCGGCCACCUGCCUAAAGUAACACACACAGGUAUAACCCCAGAACAAAGACAAGCUCUCUUGUUGCAACAACAACAGCAGCAACAACUACAAUUGCAACAAAGACAAGCAGCUCUGCUAGCAGCCCAACAACAGCAACAGCAGCAACAACUACAUAAACAAACUAUACAGGCACCUGCGACAACACAACAGCAACAUAUGGUUGUAGUUGGACCAAACGGUCAGCAGCAACACAUUCUACCGGCCACCGUACAGCAUGUAAGCAGUAGCACCACUCAGACUAUUGGAGCUGGUCACCAACCACAUCAAGUUGCGAAAAAUAUAAAUAUAUUAGGUAUAAGCAGUAAUAAUGCGGCAAGCGUGCAUCAAGUACUAAGACAACACCAGCAGCAGCAGCAGCAGCAACAACAACAACAACAGCAUCCUGCCCAAGUGGCAACACAGUUUCUUGACGCAAAUGGUGCAACUGUUCAGUUGCAGCAUGCCACACUCACUGCCACAAAUGUCAAUGCAACAACAAAUGCAGGCACAAACACUGCCUCCAGUGGUGUGCAGCAAGUGACUACGCAGUCUGCUGCUCCACAUAUACAGUUACAACAAAUUGCUAACACUGCGGCUGGAGUAGGCGGAUCCGGAGGAACAACAACUACCACGCAUCAGUUAAGCUUAAGCAAUGGGUCUCUAGUGUUGGUACAACAACACCCAGCACAAAGUGCAGCUAAUCAUCAGACCCAUCAUCAAGUUUUACAGCACGCCGGCAUAACCAUUCAACCGGCUACAACGCAUCAACAAAAAUCUCAAGUCAUUACAACUACACAAAUGAAUGCUUUGCCUCCAGGAGCAAAUUCAGCGUUGAGAUCACAACUCACAUCCAAUGUGCCAAUAUUACAAGCGCAACUGAAAGCAGCGCCAAUUGUUACUACGUCUACACAACAACAGCAGCAACUGUUGCAUAAGCAACAAAACACUGCCAGCAGUGCACCGAAUACCGCCGUCGGUGUAAGCACUGCAAGUAGCAACACAAGCACCAAUCUUCACUCAAAUCCUGCUAUAAAUGCCAUUGUCACCAGCAUUAUGAAUUCAGCUAAUCAGUGGCAGCAGCAGCAGCAGCAGCAACAACAACAACAACAACAACAGCAGCAGCAGAAUGCAUCAAUAAAUACCUCCAGUACAACAACAACUCUAAAGAAUUCUAGUAAUGCAUCUAUCUUGAGUUUACUGAAUAGUGCACCGGCAGCCAUGACUAGUACGCCGGUGGCGAGCGGAACUUUUACUGCUUCCACAGGCCAAACGCAGCAACAACAACAACAACAGCAAACUGUAACUUUAGUACAACAUACCGGCCAUACGCUCUCGCAGGCACAAUCCACAGUAAUAACUACGGAUAGUUAUGUUCAAGCAACACCACCAAGGCCACAAACACCGACAAUAAUCGCGGCUCAGCAGCGUAAACAGCAGAAUGAAGUCUUGCAAAAUCUCUUAAAUCCCGCUAGGAAAAUUAACAUUGUAAGUGGUGGUGGUGGAGGAGGAGGUGUGGCAGGUACUACAACUACAACAUUUCGUACGAAUACUGCUGGCAAUCUUAUCGCUGUAAAUCUUGGUCAAGCAGCAAAUAAUGUUGCGCAACAUCAUCACCCACAUCACGUAACACAACAACAGCAGCAGCAUCAGCAACAGCAAGAGCAGCAGCAAGCAUCACAAACAACUGUUAGAGUUUCAAUGUCAGCUUUGGCCUCUCAGUUGGCUUCACCUCCAGCCAUUAUGACCAACAGUACGAAUUUUGGUAGCUAUACCUUAAGCACGGUAAGCGGCACUGGCUCUAGCAACAGUGGCAGCAUAAAAAUUUUAAAUAGUGGUAUACAACAACAACGCGUUCUGGCGAGCGCCUUGCGCCGAGAUUCACUUAAUGCCAAUCAAGCUCCGCCGAAUGCAAUAGUAGUGGGUGUGGCUGCACCCUCGCCAGGUUCUGAUUCAAAUGCUUCUAAUGCCAGCGGUUUUGCCGUGCCACAGGCUGCUUCGAGCAAUUCUAGCAACAACAACAACACAAACACUACCACGUUGAAUGCGUUGUUAGCCAACGCCGCCACUCCGUCACCCUCAGGUUCUGAUCAUUCGCAAUCAUCACAAACACAAAAUCAAACUUUACUCGAGCGCUUAAAUAGUGGUGGUGUAGUUACAGCAGGAGCAACAAUGCCUAAUAUGUCGCCGCAGCAAUCAUCCGGGCAAGCACAACAAGCCCAGCAGUAUAUAACUAAAUCAUUGGUACAAUCACCUGCUACUUCAUCUAUACAUUCACCCAUGUCCAGUCCUCAUCCCCAGCCUUCCCCUUCACCGCACUUACAGCAGCAGCAACAAGCAGGACAGCCACAAACAGCUACGGCUACAUUAAACCUGCAAGGCAUUAAUUUUUCUACCCUACAAGGAGCAAUGGCUAAUUUCCAAAAUGUCCAGGUACAAAUACCGGGUUUUACGCAGCCAAUUUCUCUGCAGCUGACAGGAGGCAGUUUGCAGCCUCAAUCAGGCAACGCCACAGUGUCGGUUGUGGCGACCGGUGCAGCAGCUACAAGUAACAGUAAUGCUCAAAAUACGUCCGCUGCUUCUCAAACUCAUACACAGCAGCGAAGCCUUCUAGUAUCCGUGCCAGUCUCUUCCAACACUGGUUCAGUGAACGUGCAGGAACAACAUGGCGCCCAAAGUCAACAUACUAUCACAUUACAACCACAACAAUUGCAUCAACAGCAUGGAUCUGGAGCGGCAGGUACCAUAGUUAAUUUGCCGGCGGGAGCGGUGGCUACAGCAACAGGUUCUACACAAACUGUAGUAUUGACUAAUAACUCCGGUAAUGCAGCAGCUAGCUCAACAAACGCUAAUGUCGGCGGUGGAGGCGGUACAGGGACUGCUGGCCCUGCGGGAGCAACUGGUGGAACAACUAUGUUAACAUUACCAAUUGCAACAAACCAAAAACCCGCGAAUUCCCAAUUUCUUGCAGCCCAAAUAGUCGGCGCGGGUGUCCAAAAGCUAAAUCCUUCCGCAUUGAGAGCAAGUGCAACAGGAACAGCGACUACAACUGUAGGCGGGGUGGGAAGUGCGAAUGCCGUUUCCUCGACGGGAGGUAGUAUUAUAGUGCAACAACAGCAACAGCAACAAACUAAUCAACAACAAACACAAACGGGUAAUAUUCCGCAGCAACAGCAACAACAGGCAACUAUAACUGUGAGCAGUACCGGAAAUGCAGGGAGUCAAACAAAUCAAGCCAUACAGCUAGUUGGCACCAUACAGCAGGGCGGACGUAAUAUACAAGUUGUAGGUGCAAAACAUUUAGCUGGUAGUCGUCAAUUAAUAACGCAACGACAAAUCGGUGGAUCGACGUUAAAAAUAGCCGCGGCUACAACUGUUAAUGCCGGUACUAACGCUGCAAUUACUUCAGCUGUUAAUUUAGCUGCCACUUCCAUUGUAAUGUCUACACAAAAGCUACAAUUGAAAACAAUAAAAGCCACAGGUCAACCCCAACAACAUCAGCAACCGCAUCAGCGUAUAUUAAAUCAAAUUACAGCAAGUCAAGCAUCACAAACUACACCGCAACAAGGUCAACAACAACAACAACAACAGCAGCAACAGCAACAGCAGACACAACAGCAACCUCAAACGCAAACGGUUAUAAUAGGCCAGACGCAGACUACGUCACAACAACAGCAGCAACAACAGCAACAACAACAACAAACGGCAGUUGUGCAGCAUCAGCAAGCACAAUCGCAAACGUCGUCAACGCAACCACAACAGCAUAUACAAAUACAGGCGAGAGCGGGCAGCAAUUUAAGUCCACGUGCCAUUACAGCUAUAGCAGCUGCGGCUGCUGCUAAACAGCAACAAGCUGCUGCUGCAGCAGCGGCCGCUGCAGCUGCCGCUGUGGCUGCUGCUAAUCGUAGGCGUUCAACGACUGAUGUAAAUAAGUAAGAUAUGAACGCUUUCUGUAUAUAAUGGAAAAAUUCUUUAAAAGGACAGAAAGAGAGCGAAAGAAAUAAUAGAUGACGUGAGGGAGAAAGAUUGAAAAAUCUGCAGGGUUUUUAAAAAAUUUUUAAUUUUGUCGGGAGAUUUUCAAUUAUUAAGGAUAUUUAUUAUUCACACAUAAUGUAGUCAUUUUACACUUUCUAUUUGCAUUCUUCUUUAUUUAUUUAUUAAUAUUGCAAUUUUACAAAAUAUUUAUAUAUAUAUAUAUAUAUAGUUUUACAAAUUUCUUUCCCAGGCAUGACAUUAUUUUUUCCUGUUCAUCUCUUUACCUACUCUUUCGAAUAUUCAAAUUCAAAAACUAAAAAGGCAGAAAUGAUCGAUGGAACGGAAAGAGAAGACAGACUUGUCCAUAAUAUAUAUGAAAUGUCUAUAUAAUCAACGAGAGAUCUUUCAUUUAUAUCAAAAAAGAACAAAGCGUGUGAAAACUUUAUUUCUUAUAUAUUAUGUGAUCAACUUACGGGGGACGGUGUACACACUGGCAUGGUGUGUUACUAGUCAUAAGAGAGAAAAUAAUGCGUUUGCUUUUUGACUUUUAAUUUUACUUUGAAUUUUCGUAUUACGAAGGAGUUCAAAAUCGUUAAGUCAAAGAAACCACAAACGACAAAAUAGGAAGAGAAAAUCCUUGUGACUUGUAAAUUGUGACUUGUGACGUCUCUUGAAUGUUGUUCAGGAUACGACUAUUAGUCUUUAGCUACAUCCCAUUUCUAUGUCUAUUACUGAAGAGAGAGUGUUACAAGUUAGCAGGAAUUUUAAGAAAUUUUUACUUCUAGUUUUAAUUCUUCUAUUUAUCAUUUAUUUUUAACAUUAUCAUCAUGAUCAACUAUAAAAUGAGUGAUUUUUAUCAUGUGUUUUUAAAAAAGAGAAGGAAAAGACCAAUAGCCAAUUUUUCCCCCUCUAUAUGAAUAUCCGAUAUUUCAAUCAUAUUUACUCUUCUAUUGCAAACAUUAGUUUAUUACUUAUAAAAUUGUACGUACACUACACAUGUUUAUUCCCUAUGGUCCAACAAUCCAUUGCUGCUGCUAUAUUACAGUCCUUUGGGUUAUUUUCUGCAAACGCAACAGCCUCCUAUCCCUAAUUUUAGAAUACAUAAGCAUAUUAUUUGGUUGACGUUAUAUCUUUCUUUUUUAUUUUAUUGCAUCGACAUGAAUUCCAUAGUUAUGUAAUAUGCAUGAUGAGUUCUUUCCCUCAAUUUCGAGUGACAAAAAAAUAUUUCAUGUUUUAAUUCUCCUUUUUAGAUUGAGUGACAAUCAUAAAGAAGAUGAACUAGAUAUAUAUAUAUAUAUAUAUAUAUAUAUAUAUAUAUAUAUGGAUAUCUAUAUGGAUAUAUAUAUAUGGAUAUCUUUCUCGAAAUUGAAAGCAAACAGGAAAAUUGCAUCCAAAUUCGAGACAACUAUAGUUUCUUCUUUCCCGAUUCCCUCGGAAUUAGAGAGAAGGGCUUUGAGAUUUAAUUACAUUCUGCGCUUAUCCGCAUUUUGAGCAUGAAUUCUUCUCCUAACUCGCCGUUAAAGCAUGCAUAACAGGUUGCUGGCUUUUUCUUAAUUCUAUAGUUUUUUCAACUCUUUUUCUCUCACUUUCUCACUCUCUCUCUCUCUCUCUCUCUCUCUCUCUUUCUCUAUAAUUAAAGGAAUCUAAAGGUUUUUGAGCUGCUCUACAAAUGUAACACAUUUUAUACUGUUAUAUAUUAUAAUUUACUUUUCUAUAGGUUGAAGUUAUGAAAGUUGUGGCUUCGGGACGUAAGCUAUAACUAUUUUGAUUAAGGGUUUUGUUUGUUAAAAUAUAUUUUCUUUUGAGGCUGUUUAACACUCCCAUUAUUAAGUGUUGUUGUUGGUGAUAUGUAAUUAAAAAUUUUUUGAUUGUAAAAAUGCUUUCACUUUUUCAUUAAAAUUUUUUUUUUU